AUAAACAAUUCUCUGCUCACAACCCACCCUCGUUCGCAUCGUAACCGUUCACACUCCUUAAUCUGUGCAAAAGCUCGCCAGCUCUUAAGCAACCGGGGUAAAUCCAACCUAACCGAUCGAUACGUUCCAAAUGUUCGCAAAUUCGCUUUAGUGACCGAAACGUUUGCCAUGCUUCUUGCUAGUGUUGGAGUCAACGCCAACGUAAGUUGUUCGAGCCCUUGCAAGCAGCAGGCGAACAGUGAUAGAGCCGAAGACAAAACACGGGGUACCCCGCCGGAAGUGUGAUCGUUUGGGGAAAGUGACCGAUAGCCAAGAGUCAAAGUUGGCGCACACCAAUAGCUGAUCGUGCACGUGCCUUUUUGUGUUCGUAUAGGUGUUUCUUUGUGUGUAAGUGAAUGUGCACAUGCACGAUCACACGAUCCGGUGUGUAAGGGUUGAAUCGUGAAACAAAAACGGGAUGAAGUGGAAAUGAUAGUAAUAAUAUGAUUUGUAACAAAAGAAAACCGGAACCCAACCACCAACCCCAACCGGAACAUCUGACAGGGUGUCACCAUUAACUGUCCCGAAGCUGUUUGUACAACAUGGUUUACAUUUUUGGGUUUUCGUUUUUUCCAUUUUUUGAAUGCAUGUGUGUCUGUGUGUGUGUGUGCGAAUGUAAAACAUAUUUGGUAACUGUUUUUCCACUGCUUGAUCUCCCGGUUUCUUGCGUGCGUUACCCCCUUUUUCGUCCGGUUGCUACAAGCGUCCCCCAGCAAUGCUCAGGUUGUGUGGUGUGAAUUGAUUGUGUCGUGUGAGAAGCUUGCUGCAGAAGCAAAAGAAAAGCAAGGAGAAAAAAAAUUAGAUAUAUUGGCCUGCGGGUUUGCGGAUUUUGCAUUAGGAGUUCCCCCCCCUUACAAAGAUCUUCCGAUCACGCAGAAAACUCUCACUUUCGUUAGCUUUUCAGCACAACGGUUCCGCGCAUUGGUUCGGUUUGGUGGUUUGUUUGUUUUGUGAUUUGCUUGCCGGUUACUACCACUACUACUGCUGCUACUACUGCUGCUGCUGCCGUUGCUGUAGUGGUAAACCGGAACGUGGUGUACGCGGAUUUCUGCCCGGGUGGCAUAAGAAAUUGAAGGAAUCGAACAAACGACACCAACGAACGCGUCACAAAGUUGCGGUUUCCGCCGUGGAUAACGGGGCAAGGAGAUUUAACGCCUUCCGUCCCGUAGUCGGACCACCGCUUCUGGUGCAAACCGUACUGAGCGCAAGUCGGCGCGUCGGCAUCGUCACGCGUCGAGCGCUUUGUUGACCACAAUCAAUUGACAUCCACCAUCAGCACAUCAGCACAAAAAAAAACACCAUGACACUGCGGAUCCUGCUGCUGGCGGGACUGCUGGCCGCAUCAUGCUGUUCCGGGUCCGAUAUACUGAUGAUCACGAUGGGUGGCACCAAAUCCCACAAGAUCCCGUUCUUGGAGCUGGCAAAGGGGCUCAUUCCACGCGGCCAUAAUAUAACGUUUCUGAACGGUUUUCCGGCUGACUUUACGCUGCACGGUUUGCAGGAGGUAACGCCAUCCGGGCUGGUAGAGUACAUACGGAACUACACGAAUUGGGACCUGCUCGGUGCACGGAUGCGCGGUGAUAUGCCACUGUCCCUGUGGGAUGCGUUCCGAUAUUCAUGGCAGGCCUGUGAUGCAACGCUGGAGGACAAGGAAACGAUGGAUCUGCUGGGGCGAAAGUUUGACCUAAUGAUCUUGGAUGGAGCAUUCCCAGAGUGUGCGUUGGGAUUAGUCUAUCGGCUGGGCGUACCAUUUAUGUACAUCAACACGGUUGGCUUCUACACCGGGACGAUGGCAUGGGCAGGAAAUCCGGUACCAUACUCUACGACACCAGUCUUCUACCGGCCGGCCACGGAUGACAUGAGCUUCUUUGAGCGCCUAUCGAACACAUUUCACACGCUGAUUGCUGAUGCCGUAUACACACCCUCGAUGAUGUACCUUCAGCACAUGGUUCGCCGCCAUCUCGGUUCCGAUGUACCGAACAUUUGGGGCUUGGGCCGCAAUGUGAGCUUUAUUCUGCAGAAUGGACAGGCGAGCGUUACCUAUCCCCGGCCGCUGCUACCGAACGUUGCCGAAAUCGCGUGCAUACACUGUAAACCGGCCUCCGCACUGCCGAAGGAUCUGGAAGACUUUAUUGCCGGUGCCGGCGAGUCCGGUUUCAUUUACGUUUCGAUGGGUUCCUCCGUGAAGGCGGCCAACAUGCCGGACCAUCUGCGCAAACUGCUCGUGCAGACGUUCGCACGCCUACCGUACCGGGUCCUGUGGAAGUACGAAGCGAGUCCCGCACUGCUGACUGAUUUGCCCGCGAAUGUACGCAUUGCCCGGUGGUUGCCACAGCAGGACAUCCUGGGCCAUCGGAAGUUGCGUGCAUUCGUUACGCACGGUGGAUUGCUGAGCAUGUUCGAAACCGUGUACCACGGUGUACCGAUUGUGACGAUGCCGGUGUUCUGUGACCAUGACGCGAAUGCAGCGAAAGCCGUCACCGACGGUUAUGCGCUCCGGCUGGAGCUGGAAACGAUAACGAGCGAAAAGUUGAUACGCGCCAUCCACAAGGUUAUCCACGAUCCGAGGUACCGUAGGGAAGCGAAGCGACGACAGAUUCUACUCAAAGACCAAAGAUCUACGCCACUCGAGACCGCCAUUUACUGGACGGAGUACGUGAUUCGUCACAACGGUGCUUACCAUUUGCAGUCGCCAGCACGCAAUCUAAACUUCCUGCAGUACUAUUGUCUGGACCAGAUCCUAUUCUUCCUCGCAGUCAUUUACCUACUGCGUACAGUGACCCGGCUGUAUUUGAAUCCUCGAAUAGUUCAACUCGGCAAGGAAAAACUUCACUAAUGAUGACGGACGGACAAGAAGGUGUACGACUAACUUCAUGCUAGCGCUGUCCAUCUACACAAAAGCAGCAUAAAGUGAGCAGUGAGUGCUUAAUGUGUGUGUGUUUUUUUCCUGCAAAUGGUGCAUUUAUGCAAAGUAUUGAUAUCCAUAAAAUUGUGUCCACCAAAUGAAACCCAAUCAUUAGUCGUGUGUGCAAUAUUUUUGAUUUAGUAUGGUUUCCUUAAGUGCUUACCUGGAAGCGUAAAAACAAACUAAAACUAGAAAAAGCUUUUGCUCUCGAAUUAAUAAAUGUGAUAUGUUUAUUUAUGUUUUGCUAGAGCAACACACAAAACCCACACCCAAUGUAUGGGGAAUGGUUAAACCAUAGGCACGGCACAGAUACACCCUUUUACCCCGGACGAAGAAAACGGUUAAGAAAUCAAACAAAACAAUACAAUUGUGAAUAAUUCUUAGUUGUGAUAGAUUCGUUGAAAGGAGUUUGAUCGGCACAUUAUAAAAG